CUUUUUUGCAUUACCUUCCUUCUCUCUUAGAGCACCUGGAAAGAACGAGAAAGAGAGAAAGAAAGCAGAGCUAAUAUUGAAGCUCCUAAGAAAUUAUUUUCUUAGGCCUUCAGGUUUCUCUUCUUCAUUGUUUAUGUGAUCUAAAUUAAUUUACUACAAAGGUGGCAACACACAUUGGGGUGCAUUGAGUUUUACAUUCAUAACACACUGUUUACAAGACAAAUCUCCAUGGCGAGCCCAGUGCCAACACCACCUGAAAAAGAAAAGGCUACUCCUGCAAUAGUUGAAAAGGAUGCAGGUGCAAUUAGAAAAGUUUUGUCAACCAAGUCAUUGGGUUUAAUCAAAGCAUGGGAAGAACGCGAGAAAACAAAAGUAGACAACAAAGCAAAUAAAAAGUUAUCUAAUGUUGUGGCAUGGGAGCUAAGCAAACAAGCGGCUAUUGAUGCGCGUCAAAAGAAGUAUGAGGUCAGCUUGUUUAUCUUAUCACGACCGGAGCUGGUUACUCCAUGAUCGCACUAUGAAGUCAUACUUACUCUAAUCCUUUUUACUCCGACCAAUGAAAAGUUCAAGGAUCAUGUUUUUACAGUAAGUCGAAAUAACAAUGUCAUUCAGAUUUCUUUAUGUGUGUGAAUCCGGGUCCAGAACUGCUAUAUGGUAUAUGAGUCAUUUCGUAUUCAUAAAAAAAUCUCUUCUUACUCCACAUAGUAUGCCUUUGUCCUUUUCCAUUAUGAGCUAGUAAUGGAGGAUUACAAGUAUGGAGUUGCCAUGCACUGCUUUGCAAGUGACUUACUUUUAGCUCGUCGGAGCAAACUUGUGUUGGCUGGAACCAUUAAGUUAACCGUUAAAUUAGUCAUUAUUGUGUGUAUCCUGAAUUCAUAGGCUUUUGUAGCACAUUGUGCGUUUGUUUAAUAUGAAUUCGAAGUAAGAACUUGAGGAAUUCUGUAUAGAAUUCCAAUUUGCGUUGUGAUUGCUAAAAAGGCGAAACGUUUUCCACGUAGCUCAGAAUCUCGUUUCGCAAAAGUUUACGGAAAUCUAACAUCCAUAUCUUUGCCAUGGUGUAUGGUAAAAAUCCCAAUUCGUUCUGAACAGGUACAUUUUAAUCUGUCAACUUGACAAUGUUGCUGUAACGUCCUAGUUGGGUUGGCUUGCUGUUCAGCUUCUUUGCGUGCCAAAUUCGAAGUCGUUUUCCUUCGGAAAAAUUCUGAAAAAUAAGAGCUUUGUAGCCCUACUUCUUAGCUUUUCAUGCGUAUAUGGCACAUCAUUUGGAAAAAUCAAGAAGGCCUUGAAUCCCUCGUUUUCCUAUAGUUCUGAUAGGACUGCAGCUUUGGUUGUCUUUAUUGAAAACUGGAAGGCCUUUAAUCCGUGUUGGAUUGCCUACGUAUCUAUAUAUCUCUGGACUUGCAGAAUCAAAUCAUAGGUGUAGUUCUAUAGAAGGAAUGGUGUGAUGUGUGUUACAUUGUGAACCAUCCUUGGCGAAAAUGUCUUGGCUUAGGCAUUUAAGAGAUAUUUCUCCAUGUCUACAUGUAGACGAUGGCGUGCGUGAAAGAAUAUGUGUAUUGUAGUCUUGUCUAGAAUUAUGUCUUAUCAGAUCAUAAGAGAUAUCCUUGAUAAAUACCAGGCUAGGGUAUUUACAAAUAUCUUAAGAGUCAUUGUAGGGUGAGUAAUCACUUUUAAAUCAGGAGUGUUUUAAGGCGAGAAUCUAGGAUAAGAUAUCCAAUCAUUAUGAGAUCGUGAUUACAUUGCCUAAUCCUCAAGAUAUCCUAUUUGACAUGAACUAUGGUUUCCUUCCUUAGGAGGCAAGUAAACUCCUCAAUAGGCUUAAGCCUGGUCCGACUAAUCACUCCAUCGGAAUAACUUACUCCGACGAAACUUGACCAGUUCGAUCAUUUGACCUCCAUAAGCUAUGGGCAUUCCAGUCAUUUUCGCCACUUGGGGUGGCAUGUGUCAAGGGUCACAAUUAAAUUAUCCUAAAAUGGUGGUGAUGCUCACUAUUGCAUUGACUGUCGUUAGAUGAAUUUAUAUUACGAAAAUUUCAUAUUAGAUAGAUUAAAUCAUACUUAUUUAACGAUAAUCAAUAUAAUGGUAGUAUUUACCCCCAUUUUAGAAUAGUGAGUAAAAAUUCAUUUAGGCACACUCCUAACAUUCUGUCCCCACGCACCCUAGCCACUUUUUGAUCCCACCUAAUGAAUCCUGACCCGACAGCUCAUGGCGUGGGUGUCCGCACCUAAAAUCUCCAAUAUCGGGUGCCAAAUGCCCAACCCUCCUAUGGAUUGAACACAUUUUUAAAAGCUUGUUAGUCACCAAAUCUAACUUAUGAGAAUAUUUCAGUAUUUUUAUGCAUUCGAUAUGAAUACGUAGCAAAUGAAACGUACUACCACUGCAGUUGGAACUCCAGAUAUUCAAAAUAGAAAAUUAUUUUCUUUUUACGUCCAUAAUUUAGUCGUUUUUUGAGUUUUGAGGUUUUAUAUACGCUUCUUUAUAUCUCAGCAGUGUAUAUAUAACUACGAAGGAUACUGAUUACUGUUGCUC